AUGGCGUUGGCAAGAAGACAUUAUGACGAUGACUGGUUUGACCGGGACCCCUUCUGGAGAGAUACCUGGAGAGACCGACUGGAAAGAGAAUGGGAAGAUUGGCCCAGAGACUGGCCACGACCUCGUGAACUCGUCAGCCGUGUAAGUACUCUCUUCCUACUAGAAUCGACCCUUGAGACCAAAUACAAACAGAACAGGGAACGGGUGGGAAAAUAAUCCAAGUUUGACAUUCAUAACCUCAGGUAAAAGGAUUGGGAAUCGACCCUGGAAUUUAAUUGAGGAUCGUUAUUCCCCCAAUAAACAUCGAUAGAAAUUGUCUAGACUUAUAUUGGAGAGUCAUCGAGCUCUUCUUGCUAAGCGAGUGACUCUCGGGAUGGAUCGACUUCUGAAUGCUGUAGCCGAAGUGAGUUAUGUAAUCCCGGAAAUCGGCUCAAAAGAGCUUCGAUCCGGCUCUCCAUUUGGAGGAGGACGGAUCGGGAAGGGGAAGUUGAGUGGAAUAGACCCUGGUCCCCCAAACGACCUGAGGCGCCAUGAAACGGGUCAGAUUCACACAGCCAUCGUUUCAGUUUCGCCGGGAUUCCGACAAAUGGUGGAGAGAUUGGCCUUCGGAUUGGCCUCGGAUGGAUCAAAUCAUGCCUAAGGUGAGUGCAGUGGGUGGUUUGGUUAGAUGAAAUUGUUAGUAUAAAUAUUUAAAACAUUUUUUGCUCCGCAACAUGACGGAAUUAUAAUAUUACUCAACGAAUUGGAUUUGUGUUUUUUUGAGACUGUUUUGAAACCAAUACAAAUACAAGCAAAGUUGGAGCCAAACGAUUUGAGAUUUCGAAAGGGUCUAUUGUCAAACAAGCGCUCCUUUCAUCUAACCCGUACCAUUUAUAAUUGGCCCCGUGAACCCCGUUUUGAUAAAAUUAAACCAUUUCUGACGGGGUGUAAGGCGUUCCCAAUAUGUUGACGAUGAUUCACAAUAGGACUGUCCUCUCCCCAAACACAAUUGCCAUUUCUCCCAUUUCCGAGGCCUCAAUUGAUUCAAGUCUUCGGGUGUUUGCACAGUCUUCCCUUCCACCUUCGAACAGCGGGGGCCUUAUUUUUUUGAUUGAGCGCAUCUAACUCCAUAACCAUGCCGAGUGUUCAUUUCCGAGACCAGGAUGUAUACGAGAAGAAGGUCUACCAGAAGAUUACCUCCUCUAGCCCGGUCUUAGAUUUCCCGGCUGAACCAAAUUAUAGACCAUUUGAUAACCGAAUAGCGGAUAAGUAUUACCAGUCGAACGAGAAGGCGGCCUUUGACAAUAGACUUCGAAAUGGACUCGAUUAUGAGGACAAUAGACUUGACCGAUUAGAUGAGGAUCGGUUUAAUGAUCUGAAAUUACAGUUUUCAUCACAUUUGGAUCGUUUUGACAGCAAUUGGAGAGAUGAUCCCUUCUGGAGAGAUCUAUAUCCACGCUGGGCCGAGCCUAUCUUCAAGGAUGGCCUAGAUGUCCGGACCAAAAUUCACAAUGACCGCAACCGCUUUUCUGUUGAGAUUGAUGCCUAUCAAUUCAGACCUGAAGAGCUGCAAGUAAAGACAUUGGAUGAUACUCUUCUGAUCGAAGGAAGGCAUGAAGAUGUGAAGGAUUCUGAUAAUUACACCAAGAUGUAUUUCGUUCGCAAAUACCAACUUCCCCCAGAUGUUCAUCCCCAAGAUAUCACCAGUUCCAUCGACAGUUCGGGACGAUUGAAUGUUGAAGCCAAGAAGCCUUAUGCUGCAAUUGAAGGAAGGGAAAGGACUAUCCCAAUUGAGGGGGGAUCCGCCAGAGUCGGAUCCAGAGCUAGCUCUUAUGUCAGAGAUCGCAAUGAUUCUGGACGGGCUUCGUAUGAUCGUGGCGACGGUAGGUUUACGUCAGUUUGACUGUUGUCUUAUUGGAUUUUUAUGAUUUUUUAUUUAAUUACGCAAUUUGUCAUCCUUUUUUGUUUCAGUCUGCAUUUGUUGCUUUCCCUUCCUAGAUCGUAGUUAGACCUUGUUUACCCGAUUUUAGGAAUUAGACAGAGAGGAAAAUGUUGCGCCUUUAUCAGAAAUCUUUUCAAGCCGAGAGCAAGAAAUAUUCGAAUUCAGCCAGCUAGGAACGCCAACUUUUAUUCGACUCCGGAUCUAAGAUAUGCCGAGAAAUAUGAUUUGAUGGAAAACUCCCGCCGAGAUUGUUUAGUUGAUGACAGAUGCCGAGACUGUUAUUAUUGUUGCGACAGAAUAUGCGGACGAAGAUGCAGUCGACUGUCCGCUCACGAUGAAUAUGACUGCUACGGUAUCGGCACCAUCAAAAGGCCCACUUAACUCCUGCUUUUUUGAAGUGAUCUUUAGUUAACGAUCUUCUUCUUCUUCUUCACCACGAAAUAUUAUUUGUGAUCCCGGAUUAACCGUUCUUCUUUCAGGCUACCGCUCCCAAUCCAGAAACGGAGACUAUCACGGGUCGGCGUACAAUCAGAGCGAUGCCCAUCGUAAUGGAUUCAACAACGAAUUCACCCACCAUUCCAGAGACGGAUCUGGCAGUCAUCAUGAGAGUCGGCGAUCAGCGUUCCGAGAAGAGUUCCGAGGAUCCACUCCCCCUCCACUUGUCACUCACAGUGUCCCCAUCACUGAAUCAUAUUCCCGCUCUGCUUCUCGGUCUUCGAAACGAGAGUACAGUUCUUCUGGAGCUGAUUACCGAGCCCCUUCUCCUUUGGAGCCCCUAAGAUCUUCAUUCAGACGUCCUGGAGAUGAGCAUUUCCUUCGGCCUUCAGCUGAACUUGGGGAUCGAUCUAGAUCCGGAUCUUCCAGAUCAGUCAGGAUUUCUAGAAGAGAAGAAGUCCACUGA